UUCUUACAGAUGCUUAGCAGGGUUAACCUGUAGUGUUUUCGUCGACAGAUUUAUACCAGUGUGUUUGAUUGAUUUCGAUAAAAGUAGUAUAAAUUUUGUUUAUUUUCCGUGUAAAAAGCGUUCUUUCCACCCCUAGGGAGCGCUGCAAAAUUCACUGAGCACUUAGCAGUUUUCGUAUCACAGAUGACCUUCCGUUCUGUGGUUUUAGCGUAGCUCUCCAACACUCACAACAAACUGUCAAAAAAUAGUAAACUACUGGGAAAGACACAAAACCUAUUGCUCUGAUUAAUCAAAUACCGCUCGAAGUUACAUAGUGCUAGAAAAAGCAGUGCUAGAAAAAAGUGAUAACUGUUAUACAGUAUAGUGCACACAAAAAUAGAGACAUAUGCAGUGAGUACAGUUUGUUAUGAAACAGUCGAAUUUGAUUUUAAGAAAAUCUAUUUUUACACAUAGCCAAAUUAAGACGCCAUUUGCAAUACACACCAGACAACCUAUGUUGGACACCAACACACUUAACAAUAAAACGAUAAUCUUUUCUAUAAGUACAAACACAUACAAAAAAACUCAAACAGUCACAGAAAAAGGAAAACUACACUUAUUGUAUAUUUUUAGACUCCUUGAAAAAGGUGAAAUAAAGUCACCGAAACCACAGAUAACAGAUAUCCAAGCUAGAACAAAAAACCCCAGAAAUCGUGUGUAAGAUUUCAAAUUCUUACUCGUUUGGAAUGCUAACUACAUCUUUCUGCAACUUGCGACUUUAACCACUUUAGUGAUGGCAGCGCUGGAUUAUAGUCAAAGCUGCCAGACGCAUGAAAAUUCUCACAAAUAGUAGAGUCGCAGACAGACGUCCAAGCAAGAACAAAAAAUCCGUGUGUAAAAACGCGUAAUUUGAAAAUCCUUCGAUUUAAAAAUCCGCGUGAAAAAACCGUUGAUUCGAAAAUCCGUGUAGAAAAAUACCUAGUAGAAAAUCUGAGUGUAUCUCUGACGAUCCACUUUCAUCAAACCACUUCAAAUUAUUGCACAUUAGUAGAUACUUCAAAAAUUCUACACAAGUUAACUGUUUCAACUUAAACUUAACAAAUGCCAGAUGCUUAAUGGUAACUGUCAACGCGUGAGAGAUUCGUCUUAUUACUCUAGUUAGAUUCAACCAAUGAAAAAUUUCGAUCGCAGUGAACGUUGUGACCUGGAAUCGAAAACACUUAUUGAGCAAUUUUGAAAAAUUCUGCUCAUUACUCUGCUUCUGCUCAUAUGAAACUCUCCUACACAUAUGCCCUAACGUUAAUCUACUCUUAGCUAUUCCACUUUAAAGUUUCUUAGAUACUUUUCCAUAAAGUUGCUUCAACUUUUGGGUCAUACUACUUAGAGCAAUUCUAUUAGUUUCAUUCGAAAGCUGAGUAAAUUUUCUACUAGAUACAGCUUUUGUAUGUCUAAAUGAUGUAAAAAUUAACGUUCUAAAAGCAAAGAUGUACGUAAGUAGUACUGUUUAAAACGUAUUUUGAUCGUUUCCAACAAAAAGACGUGGUUAAGAUAAUUGUUUUUUUUAGCUCAAAUUGAACGUUUCUGACCGAUCUACAGUUCUUUCUUUGACACCAACUCUCUAGUUUUGAAGAAAAUUUAGUUUUAAUGCAGCAUGUUCGGUGAAGAACCUGCAUCAACAUGAAACUGGUAAUCAAACAUGCUGCAUUAAAAUUGAAAUCGUGUCUUCCUCAUCUAUGUAUACGUCAUCGAUUCAAGAUUCCGCAAUAAAAUUUGCGUGAAAAACCCAAGGGACUGAUGUAGCUGUCAAACUGUGAUUCUGACAAUGGGAUAUAUAAAGGUACGGGGAUGAUUUUAAUUUUAGAUUUAAAGGGCUCUUUUUUGUUAACAGUGAUGAGCAGCUAGCUGGCAUCGCACCAUGUUUCAAGAGAUAACAUCUCAGCGUGUGUGUAAACGAGAUAGCAUAUCACCGCCACUUUUCAUACGCAUAACAUAGCAUCUGUCAGUGGGGCCCGCAAAUCGUGGAUCCGUUGCGAUGUUAACUGCGAUGAAGCAAAGCAAAAAAGUUAGAGAUGCCAGCUAGCUGGUGAGACGUAGAACUCCAAAAACAUUGUGGAAAAAACAAUGCUUGGUAGAUUUUGUGGUAGACAAUCGAGUAGACAAUGUGGAAUUCCGAUUCAAAUGGCAUUUGCUCGUUGACCGAGAUCUACGUCACAACCAAAAAGCACGUGUUUAUUUGCCUUAUUUUUCUGCUGAUACAGACAAAUAUCUUCUUCUUCCUCACAUGUAUACACCUCAUUGCGAUUCUGGUACCCACUUUUUGCUUGGUUUGCCCUUAAAGCGCAGUAUACAGUUCAAAAAGAAAUUUCCUAUCUCAAUCCCAUGUAAAAUUCAGGCACUGAAUCAGGCAAUGGAAUUUCUUCUGGUAGCUAUUACGCAGCUAAAAAGAAAUCAUAAACCGAAAUGGAAAACAAAGUUCACUUGCUGUGAACACUGCUGUGAAACAAAAUGUCACUUUUCCUUGCACGGAAUAAUUCGCGUUAACGGUGUUGCUGAUAUUUGUUUGGUUUUUGCAUGCGAAAAAUAAGAAAGGAAAUAUUUUUGCUUUUGUCAUCACGCACAUUUUGACAAUUACAUAAGAGUGUUCACGUAGGUGCGAACAGCCUUCAAAAUCUCUUUCAACGCGAAUAACCCGAAUGAGCACUGACAUCAUUCAGGUACUGAAAGUGUUAGGCAGUUGGUUGGUCGUCUCACACCCAGCGAUGCCAGAUUGGAAGACAUUAGCCUACAUUCAAAAUAUUUUUCACGUUAUAGGGUAAAUGACCCAAUAGUGGAGGAGCUAAGCACGAGUUAUGCAUGUUUAGCCAUGUUUUGGCUAAGAAAAACGAAUCUAGCUGGUCCGUUUCACUAUUUUCUGUUGAAAUGGGUUCUAUUUGAUAAUUUUUCACCUUAAAAUUGACUUUGAACCCGCUUUGAGGGUUUAAAUUAACUAAAUUAAGUUGCACGUUUUUGUUCCAAUAGUUGCGGUAGAGUUCCUAUAGUUGUGAAUGGGUGUUCCUGUAGUUGCGGUAUAUAAAACAUUCGUGUUUGCUUGUUAAAAUGGAGGUAUUCGCCUCGCUUGAAGUGGUUUAUGAUUGUUUUACUAUUUAUCAUAUUGUUUUUAAUAGGUUGACAAGUCGGUUUGCCAGUAAAAACAAAAAUGCACGAAGUUAACUAAGAGACGGAUUUUGCGCCAAUUUGGUCAGAUGUUGGCAAAAUUCAGUGAGGGUAUGUAGGUUUUAUUAAUGUGGUCCCCGUGGCUCUGUGGUUAGCGAUGUCGGUCGGCUAGCUUUCCCACACGGUUGUGAUAUUGGGUUCGAUUCUUGAUCGAGUCGAGGAUCUUUUCGAGCUGAAAAUUUUCUCGACUCAGCACUUGGGCACGGUGUAUCGUUAUACUUAUCCUACACAUACAAAAUGUGCCAAAAACAAUAUCGAUAACGAAUUCUCUCAACUAAUCUAGUUGAUCGAGACCGCUAUUAGCCCCAAGGCUAAGCGUGCGAUAUUGUUGUAUGCAGGUUUUAUUAAAAUAAACAAGUUUUGCAUACUUUAUAUAAAAUGUCUAUAGACUAAUAUUUGAAAAGGGCUGAAGUUGGUUGAAGAGAAAGACCAAUGGCGCUCAUUUUGAAAUAAUCAGAAGAAUUUUUUUUCACAAAUGGUGACUUCUCAACACUGGAAGUUAGAGUCUAUUACCUCUGCUUCGUACCAUGUUUGCGCUUACAUUUUUGACGUUAGUGUUUACUAAAAGAGCGACUGAAGUUGUGAAAGGCUCGUUAAAAGAAUUACAAGACCAAAAGCAGUGGGUAAGCAUCGAUUAAGAGGUCAUAAAUGCAUAAUACAGCAUUUUGGGGGUGAGAGCGAAAGCUUUUGUGGCCGAUCAUGUAUGAAGUAUCGGUAAAUACACGGUGGCAGGGGAAGGUAGGGUUCAAAAAUUGAAUAGUAAUAAGUUACAUCAUUUAGGUAUGUCCCCUAGUACCUGCUUGUCCCUAAUAUACACAAGUAGUCCCACAUACAUAUGUUCUAAUAAACGUAAAUCAGAAUUGCGAAACAUACCGCAACUAUAAGAGCAUAGUGUAUCCUGUGAUCCAAUAGUGGAGGAAGUAAUUUAUAAAUAAUAUGAUCAUCUAUUAACGAACUUCACCUAUGGAUCAGUUCCCAUAAUAAACUGUUAUCUGGGAAAAUAAUUAUAUGAGUAAUAAUCGUACUAAAACCACACACAAAUCUUAAAACAAUCGUGGACAAAAUAAGAAAAUGGGUAGUGAGUGGUGCCUUCCGAGUAAGUUUCUGAAAAAUACAGUAUUCUUCAGUAAUUUGGAUAUUUUCAGUAUAUAUUGUUGUAGUAACAUAUGUACUUAUGUUUAAUCUAUUAUUUCUUCAACAUGUAGCAUAAGCGAUUCGGUUCUAAUUAGUUUAAACGAUGAAUUUAAAAGCGAUGCCGCAACUAUUGGAGCUACCACAACUAUUGGGUCAUCUUAGUUACCGAAAAAGUUACGUGAAUAUUUUCCACUAUCGUUUUCUAGUAGAUUCUACGUGAUUGUCAUUUGAGUUCAUCAUGACCUGGUGAGAUGAAUUAUCCUUUGAAACUUAUUCAGUAGAUUCAUGCAUUUCAUGUGAGUUUCACGUAGAAUUCAUCUACUGGUAAACGACGAAUUUGCAUACCUAAGUGAUUUAUUACGCAACAUAUUUUGAUAAUUUCUAAAACCCGUUUCCUAGCUCAUAAAAAUUAGAGAAAUAAAUGAAAAUUGUACAUUUCGUAAAACGUGAUUGCUAUCAGAUAUCACUCAGGUAUGCAAAUUCGUAAAUGAAUAAAAAAAAAAAAAAAACACCUGAUAAAUAUUACGACAUUCCCGGGGAUUGUUAUUGUCCGCUGCAGCUGUUUUCGUUCAGGUAACUCUUCCACCAUUGAACUGAAGCUGUGUGAAACCUGUAAGCUCAAGUCUCGAGUUUAUUAGGAUUUUUCGAAAAUUCACUUAUUUGGAAGCCAUCCAGAAAUUCUGUUUUAUGUUCAGAAUCAGACAACAGCUUCGCCAUUUUGAUUUCUGGUUAUUUUCGCACAGAGAAUUCACGCGAUACAUCUUGUUCGACGUUGUCAAGUUCACGUAGAUGGUACGUGAUUAACCGUGGUAUGCUUGAGAUUUUCACGUAGAUGUUUUGUUUGCCACAUAAAUCAUGCAAAAUGACAGAAAAUGAACAAGUAUAUGAACUUUCAAGUAACAAUAACGUGAAAAAUAUUUUGAGUAUACGAUGAAGUCAUCAAUUUUUUUGACGACAACGUGAAGCCGAUGGAAAGAACACGUGAAGACAUUGAAAAAUAUAUGAAUGACCCGAAUUUUGCAUUUGUGGUGACCUUUUUUUGCUCAACAGUUUUCGAUUUGCCGGAAAGUUUUUUCAGCCUUCGGGCUUCGGGUAGCAAGACAUUUUUUUGUUCAUAAAUUUGGCAUCUCAUCUACACACUAAAAACGCAAACCUUAAUAGUAGGUAGAAAAGCAACAUAACUCCGACAUCACUGCGCGAACCUAAAAAAUGGGUAAUUUCAGCGGUUCGUGUAUUACCCAUAACGUGGGUAACGGCACUUGAACUUAUUUUUGAGUAAUUUCAGAUAUUGUGGUAGUUAUGAUGUCGCCAUUUUACUUUGUCAGUGUCAUAUUUAUUACAAGUUGUGUGCCGUGACUUUUGCAGCCCAGCAAAAGUUUACUUUUCAGGAACGGUUUUAUUUAGUAGAAAAGUUUAUUAUAUUGAACAAAAACAAACACGAGUGGGUCGACAAUAAAAUAAACAAGGUAGGUACAAAUUACUGUCUCUUGGUUUGUUUUUCGCUUACAAAUAUAUUUCAUUUGCAGGCUUCUCAACAACCGGACAGUAGCAAUGGAUGUCUAUAGCAAAAUAAAUAACGGAUUCCGAUGCCAUAUGCCAAACUGCAUGACAACACAUGAGACACUGGAUCAAUUGAAGGCUCACUUCACCGAAGAACACCGUUUAAAAUCAAAUUCCAAAAACCAACCACCUUACAAAUGCACCAUAUGUAUCAGACCAGUACUAUUUUCUGCGUUCGAUGCACUCAAGAAGCAUUACCAAAGAUACCACAAUCAAAUAGCGGAAGCAGCCGGGACUGUUCGAUUGAGCUCUGAAAUGCCUUGCGCUGCGAACGAACUACCAGACACGACUAUUGAAGCAUCAAAAAUAAAGAAUCCUUUCUAUUUUUCAAUGCAAACUAUUUCAAUAGAACAAAUUUCGUCGAACUGUGCUUCUAUCGUCACAAGAAUGAGAAGUGAUGUUAAAUUGCCGGAAUCAAAAAUCAAAUGUUUCAUAGAUGCAUCAACGAAAUUGUAUGAAAACAUGCAGACCCACACUGUUAGCAUCAUUAGACAAUUUUUGGAGAAGAAACGUAUACCAGUUGAUGAUGCAGUUGAUCUGAUAAACGGCGUGUUCAUACCAAAUCCGUUCACAGACGUGAAGUCGCACGUUAGUAAUCUGGCAUUAUUGGAGUUUAAAGCAGGAUGUCCCCUACCAGUCGUAAAAACAAUUAAACUUGGCAAAACGAAAACAAUAGAACCCAGUCCAAUUCAAAGAAGACAAGGCAAACUAAAUUUGAACAAGCUUCGUUCCAAACAAACCACUCAAAAAGUACGAUUUGUUCAUGACUACGCACAUUACAUUCCUAUAACGGACACUCUUCGUCUCAUUAUGUGUAAUCCUGAGGCAAGGGCAAUAGUUACUCAAGAAGAGCCACGCAGUGAUGGAACAAUAUGUUCAUACAAAGACGGAUCUCAGUUCCGAUCUCAUACUUAUUUGCGAACAUAUCCUUAUGCUUUAAGAUUGUCUCUCCAUUUGGACGACGUUGAACUACUGAAUCCUUUGGGCUCACGAAAAGGAAAGAAGAAACUUACCGUGAUUUCAUUUAAAAUACAAAAUUUACCUUCUGCACUCAAUACAUCGCUCUGUCGAAUAUAUACCAAUUUAAUUGUGAAUACGAAAAAUCUGAAAAAGUAUGGAUUUGAUUUGGUACUCCAGCAACUAAUAGAGGAUUUAGUUGAGCUAGAAUCCGACAAAGGAAUUUUGAUCAACACAGCAUAGGGAUAUUUUACGAUGCGAGCGGUAUUAGUUGAUAUACUUGGCGAUACUCUAGCGGUACAUGAUGUUUUGGGGAUGCUCAGCCCUUCGGCUAAAAUGUUCUGCCGAACAUGCUACGCCAAUCGUGAUUCAUUGAAAGCCGGUGAGCUUGGUGAUAACUAUCCAGCACGGAGAGUAGCCAGUACUAAAAGCGACUUGGAAGCUCUUCAAGCAGGAAAAACAACACCUGGUCAAGUUGGGUUGGUGCGCGAUUGUUCAUUCCACAAGCUGAAAUAUUUUCACAUGGCAAACAAUUUGACGUUCGAUCCCAUGCAUGACUUACUCGAAGGAGUAGCAGGUAUGGUAAUUAAACUAUUUCUAAGGGAUGCACUGAACAAAAAAAAUAUAACAAUUGGAGAAAUAAAUAGAAGAAUUAACGAUUUUGAUUAUGGUGACGCCGAGAAAGGCAAUAAACCAUCAGCAAACUUUACGGUGGAUAUGUUAAAGAAAAAAACUUUACGGUGGAUAUGUUAAAGAAAAAAACCAAUUGCAUAAGCCAAUCAGCUGCGCAAACAUGGUCAUUAUUGCGAGCCUUCCCUUUCCUGUUCAGUGAUUGUUUUAAUCAGGAGGAUAACAGCGUAGAAAUGCUUCAUGCAUUGCAGAAAAUAACGUAUUACUCAUUCUCAAACAGUAUGAACAGAGUCAUGAUAGACGAUUUGCAACAUGCCAUAAACACAUUUCAUCGCGAGUUCUGCGCUCAUUAUCCUGAUAACAUAAUUAACAAAAUUCAUCAUUUGAGUCACUAUCCUGCUAAAGUUAUGGAGAAGGGACCAUUAGUUAAUGACAGCUGUAUGCUUUUCGAAAGUGAAUUCAAAGUAGCGAAGGGGCAAGCGAAAAACUGUAACAACUUCAGAAAUAUUACAUUUAGUUUAGCAAAAAGAUUGAAUUUGAAGCAAAUUAAUGACAUAAUCAACCAUCAUUAUGACAUCGAAAGAAAAACAGUUUUUAGUACUCGUACGGUAAACAAAAACACUCUAGAAUACAAGUCUCUCUUGUUUGAUUUACCAGAAGAAAUAACCAUGAUUUUGCAUUACUCAUGUGAUGAAACGAGUUUUGCUGCUGGACUUACUGUUAAAUAUCGAAAAUGUGGAUACACGUGCUACGGAAUCAUAAUUACGAUAGUUGAUGUACUAUCGGAAUACGUUUUCAUUAUACAAGAAUUGGAAAUGAUUGAGUUCUGCAGAAAAAAACACGCCUAUAAAACAACUAUAUCACAGCGCAUUCAUCGAACAACUGAAUCGAACAUUUCCAAGAGAAAAACCUAUAGCUUAUGGAAAUGUAGCAGUUCUACCGAUGAAACAUAUUACAUAAGUUUAAAAUACUUCGAUGAAUAACAGUAAUCUCAUACGAUAGGACUGAUUCAUUGGUUGGAGAAAGAUUGAUGUCGGAAAAAGUUUGAAGAUGUAAUAUUACGCAAUUAUCAUUUUUAAGGUAUUUUCAUUUAUAUUUAAUUUACGUUUUACUUGAACUAUGAUUUUUUUUUUUAGCAUUCCGUUAGCCUGGUUGACAGAGUUUCUCCAAUUUACUCGGAUAUUGGCUGCCGCUCUCCAAUUCCUGGGACACCUCGUACUCCCCGCCAGAUCUUGCUCCGCCUGGUCUACCUAUCAUGCCCGCUACGCCCGUGGUCGUCGUCUCCCUACCGGAUUCGAGGCAAACACCAUCAUCUCAGGGUAGUUGUCUGGCAUUCUUGCAACAUGCCCUGCCCAGGGUAUCCGUCCGACUCUAGCCACCUUUUGAAUACUGGGUGCGCCGUAGAAUUGCGCGACCUCAUAGUUCAUCCUCCGCCUCCAUAAUUCGUUCUCCUGCACGCCGUCAAAGAUCGUCCUUAGUUCCCGUCGUUUUGAAAAAUUCCGAGCACUUGCAGGUCCUCCUCGAGCAUUGUCCACGUUUCAUGCCCGUAGAGAACAACCGGUCUUAUGAGCGUUUUGUACAGGUUACAAUUCGUACGAGGGCUUAGUCUGUUCGACCGCAAUUACUUGUGGAGCCAAUAGUGGGCACGACUUUCGCUGAUAAUACGCCUUCGGAUCUUACGGCUUGUUUCAUUGUCCUCAGUUACCAUCGACCCAAGAUAAACAAACUCGUCGACUAUCUCAUCGCCGUCGAUCGUAAUGCUACUGCCUAUGCGCUGUCGGUCGGCUUCGGUUUCGUCGGCUAGCAUAUAUUUCGUUUUAGACGUAUUUAUCUGCAAUCCAAUCCUUCCUGCUUUCCGUUUUAGUCUGGUGUACUGUUCUGCCACCGCCGCAGUUGUUCGGCCGACAUUGUCAAUGUCAUCAGUCAUGUUGAAUAUCGUACCCCGCGUGUUGAUGUCCGCUCGUUCCAUUACAUUAUGUAACCGCAAUGUUGAAUAGCAGGCAGGAGAGACCAUAACCCUGUCGAAGGCCGCUGCGGGUUUCAAAUGGCCCGACAAUCCACCUGAAAUCCGUACACAGCACUGCGUCCCAUGCACCGUAGCCUUUAUCAGUCUAAUCAGCUACCUCGGUAAGUCGUGUUCGUCCAUGACAUUCCAUCGCUGUUUUGUUCGAUAGUGUCAUACGCGGCUUUUUGCCUGGGCGCCAUUCAGGUGUUCGUCAAUGUGCUGCCUUCACCUUUCCGUCACCUUACGAUCGUUAAGUUUCUGGUAGAACUUUCGCGUUUCCUGAGAAUGAUGCAGCUGUUCCAGCUCUGUAUACUCCUCAACCAGGUGGCGCUUUUUCUCCCGGAUGAUUUAGGUUCGCUGCAUCUUCUUCUGUAUGACUUUCUAGAUUCUGACGAGUGGCACUGCGCACCUUGGCAGCCCGCGCAGCGUUUUUCUCGUCCAUCACCCUCCUACAUCCAUCGUCGAAUCUCUUGUUUCGUUGGGCUCGUCCCACAUGCCUGACGAUGUUCCUCGCUACGCUGUUGAUGGCUGUUUUGAUGGUGUUCCAAUAGUCCUUGAGAGAAGCUUCCUCCAGCUGAUCCUCUGCCGGCAGCGCAGAUUUGAGCAAAUGCGCGUAGUUUUCGGCGACGUUAAAAUUAAACUUUAAACUUUUUAAAAUUAUCCAUGACAUCGAGUAAUAAGCAAAGCAAAGCCUUGGUGCUACAUUCCGAUUCGGAACUUGACCUUCUGUUUAUUUAUACACAGACUUCGCAGCCGACUAUUUAGUGUACAGGACAAUUGUGGGGCUAGCGCUACGAUCCUACUGACACUAACAGUCUCUCCCGAGACGAGACUCGAACCUACGACGAAUGGCAUGUUAGGCCAGCAUCGUACCUCGAGAUCAUCUGGGACAUCUAGUUAUACAGUAUAUAAAACCAAAAAAAAAAUACAUUCUGAAUCUGCUUAGCUUUUCAAUUUUAUCACUUUUCGCAAUACGCAUAUGGUACGCAGAUACGUAUUUCAACUCCGAAUUGGAGUCUUCAUCAGUGCUUAGAUAGACUGUUAACUUGAAAGUGACAGAAUUAAAAACGAAGAAGAUUGAAAGUGUAAAGUGAUUCCAUCAAAAGCUUUAGUGAAAUUUCUAGAAAAUAUUAUGAAAUUUGGCAAUUCAGUCAAAAUCAAAAAAACAAAACAAAAAAUAAUUUUAUCUGCCAUCACAAUUAGCUGCACUGCAGCUUGUGACAAAUUUAAUAUAUAGUCAAAUAUUCCAAAUAAUCUUUAAAAAUUCUUCCCAUCAAACAAUAUACACAACAUUAAUGAAAAUAUUAAAAAUUAAUUGGAAUGUUGUCAACAAAUACAGUUAACUAGAUUAAAUUAAAUUAAGCUCUGUUUGGAGCGAAGGGAGAACUUCAUACAAAAUGUUCUUUUUUUCAUGUGCGUAAAAAAUGCAACCUGCAAAAAUUUCACUUCACUUAGAACUGUAGACAAAUUCGAUCCAGCGAAAUUAACGCAUGCACACAAUGAAAAAGGAACAGCUAGCGAAAACUCCAGCGCGUUGAUGUUCUGUCAGUUCCGACCAAUUUUCACUUCGCUCGAAGUGUAAUUUUGCUUCGCAUAACCGAAAACUUCGCUUGGAAUUGUAUUUUUCGGAUGUCAGUUAUGCUGGUAGCUAAUCUUUUUAUCCUCAAGACUUAAGCAGUGUUUCAACUUAGGUAGAAUUCAUCUAUAUGUCUUACGGCUUCAAGUAUUACGAAGUGAUUAUUAAAAGCUGUUAUCAAUUUGCAGGAAAAUUGGCUCGGUUAUAUGAUAAACUCAUGACAAAAUUGGAUCAAGAUUCAAAAGAUAAAUUUGCAGUGAACCUAGCUACAGAUUUAGGCAUUGAUUCAAGCCUGCGGUAUUUGAAAACUCAUAAAUACAUACAUUACUCAGAAGUUAACUUUAAUGGUAAUGUUAACAAACUAUGCAAAAAGGAAACAACAGAGAACGGAGUUACCAUGGAGAGCCUACUUUUAAUGGUCGAGAACGAUUUAAAAAGCAUGGGAAUCAUUAAAAAAGGACCGACUGUUUUAAUCCUGGAUUUUAUCAACACAUCGAAGGCUUGUCUUGCUGAAGAUGAAAAUGUUCAAGAGUCUCUGGAACCAGACAUCGCAUCUACUACUUUGACGGAUAAUGAACUGGAAUCAAUCUUGGAGCAACAUCCACGUUUUCAUGGCAUAUACGUCAAAAAGUUGGCUCCCAAUGGUACUCUGCAGCAUGGAGAGUUACUACUUAUGACAAGAAUCUUGUGUGAUCAUUUCUACGGUCGGCGCAUUUGGGAGGACCAAAACUACCCAACACAUUUUGAAAAAAAGAUGCUUGCUGAGCGAAUCGUCAGGGCAUAUCCCCAGUUAGGCAAACCUGUUUCCUGUGGAGCACCUCUCGAGUCGGUGUUUUUUUUAUAAGAACAAUGGUAAAGCUAAAGGACCACAUAGUGGAUAUAUUGAACAACGCGUGUCCAAUAUGCGCAAAGAAGUACCUUUGGAUAAGAGAAAAUUCCGACGAACAAAAAACAUGCCAAAUUUGGAAUUUAUUACAGAGCAAAUGACUGCAAGUGCAGAAAUGCUGACAGCUUUGGAAGCAACGGCCCAGAACUGCCUCGAAAUUUCGACGAUUAUGAAACAGUGCUUCUCGAUUCAUAAAAACAUGAUAACGCAGGGAAAAAAUGUUCAUCAGAUUUACAGUU